GCGACGACUCCCGUAUGGUCGCCGCCGAUCUGCGGAGUCGGCAUGGCGCCAGGCAGACAAAAUGCUGCGGUUUCAAUUUAUAGGAGGGGUUCCUCGAAUGUUCUCCUGAGUCCUGACAUGUACGGAGUACGCUCGCCGGCAUAGCGAUAUAUAUAUACAUGGCGCGUCCGAUUGCCACCAUCACCACCACCACCUCCCAGUACUAGUCUAGUAUCCGCAGCCGGUACUGAUUGCCCUUGGAGACGACUCCAGGAAUACAAUUUACCUCACUUGCUCCCCAAGCUGUCUCUGGCACCAGUUCACAGGCAUCAUGACGACCGUCACCGCUCCAGCGCCCUGGAUCACCAGCAGCCAACAAUGUACGCUCGAGACGUGUCCCAUGUCCUAUGCGCACAUCACCUACCUACCCAACCUCGGCGGUAAUGCCUUCUACAUCGCGCUCUUCGCCCUCUUCAUCCCCGUGCAAUGCUACCUCGGCAUCCGCCACCGCACCUGGGGCUACCUCUUCGGAGCCAUCUGCGGUUUGAUCCUAGAAGUUCUGGGCUACAUUGCGCGCAUCUACAUGCGCCAUAACCCAUUCAUCGACCGAUGGUUCAUCAUGUACCUCGUCUGCCUCACCAUCGCCCCCGCCUUCCUCAGCGGCGCCAUCUACGUCUCCCUCGCCCGGAUCGUCGGCGCCUACAGCGCGCAAAUCUCCCGCAUCAAACAACGCAGCUACAGUCUCAUCUUCAUCAGCUUCGACAUCAUCUCACUCCUCCUGCAAGCCGCCGGCGGCGCCAUCACGACCUCCAACUCCGCCUCCACCGUCCAAGACGGCAUCAACAUCAUGAUCGCCGGUCUCUCCUCCCAAGUCGCCUCCCUAACCCUCUACAUCGUCAUCGUAUUGGACUUCGCCUUCCGCGUCUACCGUCUCAGCACGAACUCCCCAUCCCCCAGUACCUCGAACACAACCUUCCGUCUCACCCCCCCCAGUAAACGCGAAUCCGAUAGCCAGGACCUCGUCCCCGGCGAGAACGAUGCCGAUCCCGAUACCGAUGGUCUCAUCACCCUGAACCCCGAAUUCGCCUCCCUGAGGGCGUCGAAUCGCUGGAAAGCCUUCCUGUUCUGUCAGGGUCUGGCCGUGGUGUGUAUUUACAUUCGGAGUUGUUUUCGAGUGGCCGAGUUGUGUGGGGGGUUUAAUUCGCAUUUGGCGAAUGAUCAGUCCACGUUUAUGGUGUUGGAGGGCAUGAUGAUUUCCAUUGCCGUUAUUGCCAUGAGUACCUGGGGGCAUCCCGGGAUUGGGUUUAAUGGGAGGUGGGAGGCGUUGAAUUAUCCGAUGUUUGGGAGUGGGAGGAAGAAGGGAGGGGAUGCGUAGGGGUGAUCUGCUUUAGGGGAAGGGUUAGGGGUGGAGGAUGAUGAUGAUGAUGAUGAUGCAUUUUUGGUGCUUUAUUUUUCUUGGGUUUGGGUGUUGGCUGGUCGGUGUUGGGUGUUUAGCGCUGUAUACUAGCU